GCCUUGUAGGAGGAGUAGGCCGAGUCCAGCCGGCAACAGACAGGUCACAGAAUAGGCCCAUGGAAAACACUCAAACCUUCUCUCUGGCGGCUGGCGGCGGCUCUGCUUAAACCCCGCCGCCCGCGCGCCUUCUUCCCCAACUCCGGCGGCCGCGCCACCAUUCCUCGCAGCUCCGGUGUUCUCUGCUGUUGUCUGGGGCUCCCCCGCGCAGGAUAAGGGGACCCACCUCCGCCGCCCGCGCGCCUGCUCCCCCCCAACUCCGGCGCCCCCGCGCCUCCUUCCCAACUCCGGUGGUGCCGGCUGAGGAGCUUGAGCACGCCGGGAGGGGAGGGGUGGGGGGUUUACGGGGACGGCUGUGGCAUGGCGGCCGCCCGAGCUUGCCCUAUGGGAGUAUCGGUCGACCAGCGGCGCGCGGCCGUUGCCGUGCUCCGCGCCGCCGCCGCCGCCGGCGAGCUUUCGUUAGGGAAGGCGGUUCACGCGAGGGUUGUCAGGGCCGCGCGCUUCGACGUCGUCCAGUACAACAACCUCAUUGCCCUGUACGUCAAGUGCGGCCGCCUAGGCCUCGCCCGCCAGGUGUUCGACGCAAUGCCCUCCCGGAACCCCGUGUCUGGGAACCUGCUCAUGUCCGGGUACGCUUCUUCCGGGCGCCACAGGGACGCCCUCGCGCUCCUCAGGGUGGCUGACUUUGGUCUGAAUGAGUACGUGCUGUCGUCGGCUGUGGCCGCGACUGCCCAUGUCCGGAGCUAUGAUAUGGGGAGGCAGUGCCAUGGAUAUGCUAUCAAGGCUGGACUAGCAGAGCACCCUUACGUUUGUAGUGCGGUGCUGCAUAUGUAUUGCCAAUGUGCACACAUGGACGAAGCGGUGAAGGUAUUUGAUAAUGUUUCCAGUUUUAAUGUAUUCGCGUUCAACUCAAUGAUAAAUGGGUUUCUUGAUCGGGGCCAGAUGGAUGGUUCCACCAGUAUAGUAAGAAGCAUGGUGAGAAAUGUCGGGCAAUGGGAUCAUGUGUCAUAUGUCGCAGUUCUUGGGCAUUGUGCUAGCACGAAAGAGGUGGUGCUUGGGAGUCAGGUGCAUACCCAAGCGUUGAAGAGGAGGCUUGAGCUGAAUGUGUAUGUGGGGAGUGCACUCGUUGAUAUGUAUGGGAAAUGUGACUUUCCCCAUGAAGCUAAUCGCGUGUUUGAGGUUUUGCCAGAAAAGAAUAUUGUUUCCUGGACAGCCAUUAUGACUGCUUAUACACAAAAUGAGCUGUUUGAAGAUGCAUUGCAGUUGUUCUUGGAUAUGGAAAUGGAAGGAGUUCGGCCUAAUGAGUUCACUUAUGCUGUUGCUCUCAACAGUUGCGCUGGUCUUGCCACCUUGAAAAAUGGUAAUGCCCUUGGUGCAUGUACUAUGAAAACUGGGCAUUGGGGCCUUUUGCCUGUCUGUAAUGCCCUCAUGAACAUGUACUCAAAGAGUGGCAGUGUUGAGGAUGCACGGAGAGUCUUCCUUUCUAUGCCAUGUCGUGAUGUGGUUUCUUGGAAUUCAAUCAUCAUUGGCUACGCUCAUCAUGGCCGUGCAAGAGAAGCCAUGGAAGCAUUUCAUGAUAUGUUGUUUGCAGAAGAAGUCCCAUCUUAUGUAACUUUCAUUGGGGUGCUGUCAGCCUGUGCUCAGUUGGGUCUUGUAGAUGAAGGGUUCUACUACCUGAAUAUUAUGAUGAAGGAAGUGGGAGUAAAACCUGGUAAGGAACAUUACACUUGCAUGGUCGGUUUGCUGUGCAGAGUUGGACGGCUUGACGAGGCAGAACGAUUCAUAGAAAGUAACUGCAUUGGUACCGAUGUUGUUGCAUGGAGAUCACUUCUAAGUUCUUGCCAAGUAUAUAGAAAUUAUGGUCUUGGUCAUCGAGUAGCUGAACAGAUUUUUCAGUUAAAGCCCAAAGAUGUUGGAACCUAUGUUUUGCUUUCUAAUAUGUAUGCGAAAGCAAACCGGUGGGAUGGUGUCGUGAAGGUUCGGAGGCUGAUGAGAGAGUUGGGCGUUAGGAAGGAGCCUGGUGUUAGUUGGAUUCAAGUGGGUAGUGAGGUCCAUGUUUUCACAUCUGAGGACAAAAAACACCCAUAUAUGGAGCAGAUCACCAAAAAACUCCAAGAGCUGAUAGACAAGAUAAAAGUGAUUGGAUAUGUUCCAAACAUUGCAGUGGCCCUACAUGAUGUUGAGGAUGAACAAAAGGAAGAACAUCUUAUGUAUCACAGUGAGAAAUUAGCUCUUGCAUUUGGCCUUAUUCGCACCCCCAAGGGAGAAGCUAUUCGUAUAAUGAAAAACGUCAGGAUAUGUGAUGAUUGCCAUGUUGCCAUCAAACUCAUUUCACUUGCCACAGGCAGAAGAAUAGUUGUAAGGGACACUGUUCGGUUUCAUUGUAUAGAAGAUGGAGUCUGCUCAUGUGAUGACUAUUGGUGAUUCAAUCUAUAUAAUAUGUCAAUAUAAAAGUGGCAAAGCUUUUGCCCUUUCUUAAAAAAAAACUAUAUAAUAUGUGGUUCUCAAAGGUCGAUUGCAUAAAGCCUCGUGAAUCAGCUGAAUGGAGCUGAUUGGCCAUAUAUGUGAUUCAAGAGCAUUUUUGCUGAGUAUAAAUGUUGAGGUGGGACCAGAGAGUCAUUAAAGUCGCAGCUCCAGAGGACAAGUGAAGUUAGGACAUGGACAUGGAAAUGCAAUCAUUUUUUUGAAGAACAAAGUUAAAAGAUGUAAAUAUGUGAAUUAUUUUAACGACUAACAAGGGAGGAUAUGCUAUUGCUUUCCCAUUUGCGGAUUUGUUGACUAAGUAGCAGAGCAACCAAUGUCUUUGUUAACUAUUUUGAUCAAGUGAUGGAGGAGAACUGCUGUAUAUAGAAUUUUUCCUUACAUGCGACUCCUGACUGAAGUUACCCUCAAUAUUCAAGAAGUAGAUCACAAGGAGGCAUAUUCUAAUGUGACUGAGUAAUUUAUCUUCAAAGUCAAUUGCAUGAUUGGUUUUUGUCUUAUUUUUGUAUGUACAUGUAGUGUCCAGUUCUACUUAGUAAUGUUUGUUUGUUCAUCUAGUUCUUCAGAAGAAACUACAUUUUUCUGUGGAAACUUCCCAGCUAGCUUCUUGUCCGCGUCGCCUCUAGGCCAGAGUAUUGUCAUCUUGAGCUGUAUGCAUUGCUUAGCCGCACUAACACUUCAUACUUUUAGAAAGCUUUCUAACAUUAUCUAUUUAGGUUCAAGAUUGAGAUACCAGCAACCAAGUUAAGAAAUUUGUUGAAGAGAGCUGCCAGUCUGCCGCAAUGGAGGGCCUCUGGUGAAGCUUGGUGAUGGUGUUCAAUUUAGUUUGUCAUGGUGAGGUUCGAUUAUUGAUGUCCAGUGAAUAAGUAGCAGCCCGAAGCCCCUAAGGAAGCAGCUUUCCUCUUGCAGCGGCAGGAGCAAUCUUGGAGGCGUUUGACUAGCAGGGAGGGAAACAGAUGGCCGGAGGAGAUCGAGAGGAUUGGGUCCGGAUGCGGGAUGCUGCUGGCACAAUCAACUAACCCACCGUUUUUCAGAAUUUUGAAACUGUUGAUUUGAUGACAGAAGCUGAAUUCGAGGGGUCUUUUUAUGACUUUUGAUUAUAUAUGAGUGCUCCGUUACCUCGUCUGACUGAAUUGCCGAUAUUCAGAAGUUUCAAUUCUGUCACCACAACAAUCUGGGUUCUUGCUUUGUAAAACAACAGAUUCAUUUCCAUCAUUGUAAACUCAGAAGAUGAGCUAUUAGCUAGUACUUGAUAUGUUGGAUAGUUCCAUUCCAGUCUUUUUCCUGCAUCAGUUACAGCAAGAUUCAGGCAGAUGGAGUAGUUAUGUAAAUAUCACUGUACCGGCCCUGUAUAUUUGGUUCAAAGAAAGAUCAGGAGCCCCGUAUUUCUUGCCAA